AUGGGAUUUCUAUGUUCAUACUUUUUUUCUUCGUUCUCCUUCGUGUUUUCACUUUUUCGGUCUCUUUCGUCCUUUCAUUCUUUGUUUCAUUCGUUCUUUCUUUCUUUUUUCUUUCUUUCUUUCUUUCUUUCUAUGCUUUUCUUAUUCUUCUUCUUUCUUUCUUUCUUUCUUUCUUUCUGUGUUUUCACUUUCUUCGGCCUCUUUCGUCCUUUCAUUCUUUGUUUCAUUCGUUCUUUCUUUCUAUGCUUUUUUCUUUCUUUUUUUCUUUCGAUGCUUUAUUAUUCUUCGUUCUUAAAUGAAGGCAAAGAAAGAAAGAAAAGAAAGAAAGGAAGAAAGAAAGAAAGAAAGGAUGAACAUUUCUUUUUCCUUUCUUUUUUUCUAUGCUUUUCUUAUUCUUCGUUCUUAAAUGAAGGUAAAGAAAGAAAGAAAAGAAUAGACGAACAUUUCUUUCUUUCUUUCUUUGCCUUCAUUUCUUCGUUCUCAAUCAUUCUUUCUUUCUGUGCUUUCACGUUCUUUCUUUCUUUCUUUCUGCACUUUCAUUUUCUUCAUUCUCCUACUUUCUUUCUUUCUUUCAGUCCUGUAACGUUCUUUCUUCAACUUGGUUCGUUCUCCUUCGUCCUUUCUUUCUUUCUUUCUUUCUUUCUUUCUUUCUUUCUUUCUUUCUUUCUUUCUUUCUUUCUUUGCCUUCAUUUUCUUCGUUCUUAA